UUGGGCGGGAACGCGGAGCGCAAGUGCACGGCGGGAGACUGAGGACGGUAUGGCGCCGGCUCAGCCGUCUCGGGUUCUGCGGUGCUGCAGCUGCCGCCUCUUUCAGGCGCAUCAGGUGAAAAAGAGUCCCAAAUGGACAUGCAAGGCUUGCGGAGAGAAGCAGUCCUUUGUGCGGGCUUAUGGUGAAGGCUCUGGUGCUGACUGUAGACGCCAUGUCCAAAAGCUAAACCUGCUGCAGGGACAAGCAUCAGAGCUGUCACACAGGUCUGUGGAUGAAGCUGUAAGUGCCAGCGAAGAAGAAAAUGGUGGCCCUCAGCAGGCUGGGAACGGGACUCAGCAGGCACUGUCUGAGCCCCUGGAGUCCCGUUGGCUAAAGUAUCUGGACAAGGACUGUGAGGACCGGGAGCUGGAGAGAAGAAGAGCAGCUCUUGAGACACAGCCCUCAGCCGGUGCUGAGUGGCCAAGUCUGCCCUGCAGUACAGCCCGACCCAGGAAGAGGAAAUGGAAUCAGAGCACAGAGCAGUCUGCACUCAGCCUUCGUGACCAGGACUUGGACAGUGUUGAGGACAACUUUGAACGCCAGGACUCCACUGGCCAGUUUGCGAUGGAGCAGCAAGGUGGCAGCAGCACUGUGAGCCACAUCAGGGAACUUGGGUUUCCUAGGUGGAAACUACCAAGUCCUGUCCUACAGGUUAACGCUCCAACUUCUAAGUGGGCACGAUUUCUCUUGUCACCUGGGAACAGCACAUGUGUAGAUGGCAAACCAUCGAGUCCUCUGCAGGAGGGCUCUAGGCUAGCUGACCCAGCACAAGGUGAGCGAGGGACUCAUGAGAUCAUGACUCCAGGGGAAGGCCACUCCAACAGGGCCCCUACCACUGUCCAGCUUCCUCAAACUACCACAUCCCAGACAGACCGACCUGACAGGAGGACCUUAGAGCAGACAUGGGCCACAGGGACUCUUCAAGCAAAUGGAAGGCCCUUGGCUCAAGGGGCACGAAAGACCUCACCCAUGCAACUUCACAAUCUCUUUACAACUGGAGAGGACUUUGAGGAUGACCUGUAGCCUUCACUUUGAUGAUCCCUGUGUUAUGUCGUUCCUCUAUGCCAGUCCUCCAUGCCACAGAUGGGGGCACUUUGGAACAAAUAACCCAACAAUAAACAUGCCUGUCAAAAAGAUUGUUUCUCUUGCUACAACACUAGUAAGAACCACAGGAUUGGUUAAAGUGCAUAUGCCAUUUUAUUAUAGGUUAUUUAAACAUCACAUCAGAGGAAGCUACAUGGGGGUUUUCUUUAAGCAUUAACAUUAGACACAAGAACUAAAGUAUGGUCACUAAAAAGAGAAACAGUAUAUGGUGAGACACUUCAGUUCUCCAUCCCCCAGGGGCCGUAGGCCCCAGUUACCUGCCACCUUUGGCUCACUGUGAACAGCCCCCUCCUUAACAUAACUGUUUUAUUUAUUGACAAUAACUAUCAGUAUAUUAAUCACUUUUAACAAAGAAAACACAGAAU